GAAAAACGGCGUGCGUUAAACCUCCCGGUCAGCAGGUGGCGCCUUCACACUGACAGGAGCGGAAAUAACGUGACAUUACGCCUGAGCAUGCUCCACGUGCAGCAGCUCCUUAGUCGCAUUGCCUAGUUAACCACUCUACAAUGAAACGACCAAAGUUAAAGCGAGCAAGUAAAAGGCUGUCCUGUUCCAAACGGUAUAAGAUACAACGGAAGGUCCGGGAGCAUAAUCGAAAGCUUAGAAAAGAGGCAAAGAAGAAAGGAGUGAGCAAACGAGUGAAGAAGGACCUCGGAGUUCCCAGCAGUGCUCCUUUCAAAGAGGAGGUUCUCAGGGAGGCAGAGCAAAGGAGACUACAGGUUGAAGAAGAAAAGGAACGAAAACGACAAGUCAAAAUAGAAGAGCGAGCCCAGAAGAGGCAGAAGGACAAAGAAGCUGCAAACAGGGAGACUGAGCCCAAGGCCAAGAAGGCUCGCAGGGAUGACCAAGCAAAUCGUUUAGCCAAACAAACUGUCAACAAGAGCUCAAAACAGUUCCUCUGUGCUGAAUUGAAUAAGGUCAUCGAUGCCUCUGAUGUUGUAAUAGAAGUCCUUGAUGCCCGAGAUCCGUUGGGAUGCAGAUGUCCACAGCUGGAGGAGGCUGUGUUGCAGAGGGGGGGCAACAAGAAACUACUUUUGGUCUUAAACAAAAUAGAUUUGGUACCGAAGGAAAACGUGGAGCGGUGGAUUAAUUGUUUACAGCAGGAGUUUCCAGUUGUGGCUUUCAAAGCGUCAACACAGAUCCGGGACAAAACAGUGCAGCAAGCCAAAAAGAGCAGAAUAGUGGCCUCCAAUGAGGUCCUGGAUAAAUCCAGAGGAGCAGCCUGCUUUGGUAGCGACUGCCUCUCUGAGCUGCUCACCAGUUAUGCUGCUAAAUUACAGAGUGAAGCUGCGCUCAAAGUGGGCGUGGUUGGUUUUACCAACGUAGGGAAGAGCAGCCUCAUUAACAGCAUGAAGGGGAUGUUUGCGUGUAAUGCUGGUGUCAAGAGAGGCAUCACAAAAUCCAUGCAGGAGGUGCACAUCUCAAAGACUGUGAAGCUGAUGGACAGCCCAGGAGUCGUGGUGUCGCCAUCCAACCCCCGAAGCUCUGUGGUUCUGAGGAGCCUGCAGGUGGAGGAGGGCCACGAGAGCGUGCUGGAUGCCGUCACAACCCUGCUGAAGCAGUGCGAAAAGACCCAGAUAAUGCUUCAGUAUAAUGUUCCAGACUUCAGAAAUUCCCUGGAGUUUUUGACCCUGUUGGCUAAAAAGCGAGGCUACCUUCAGAAAGGUGCACUUCCCAACACGGAGCAGGCAGCUUCUGUGUUCCUGGCUGACUGGACAGGAGCCAAGCUCAGCUACCACUGCAAGGUGCCGGGGAGCCACCACCUCCCCCCCUACCUGACUGACUCUCUGCUCGCUGACAUGCAGAAGGACUGGGAUCUAAGCAAACUGCGAAGUGGAAACCAGGAAACUCUGAAAGGUGUAAAGUUUCCAAACCAGGCCAGCAGUGUAACUUUCACCUCCAAAGGCCCGACAGAAGGCGUGAUGACGGUGUGUGAAGAGCAGCCCGCUGCAGCGGCCACAGAGGGGGGGGGCACACAGCAGCAGGACCAGCCGGAACAAACUGCUGAGGACUCAACUGAAGCAGAGGAGUCAGAGAAGCCCCAGAAAACAUCACUUGAAAAAAAACCCAAAAGGGUCCAGUUUCAGUCAGUCCCCAUUGACAUCAGCCUGUCUGCAGGGAGUUCGGGCGAUGCUUAUGAUUUCAACACAGACUUCAAAUGA